CUCUUCCUCUUCUCUGAUUCUCUCGCUUUCAUUUAAUCCAGGUUGGAUGUGGACCAUCUGAUACAAUCCCCAGCUUUUCAAGACUAACCAACUAUCUACCUACCUACUUAUCUAAUCCUCUUUCAAGAUGCUCCUGUCCCCUCUCUUCACACACCUGGACUCUGCGUCCAUCGUGCAGGGAUUGGCCGCCGGGGUAGUUGUCUAUGUUCUUGGCUUCAUUAUCUACAACCGAUUUUUCCAUCCCCUCAAGGAUAUCCCUGGUCCAUUCUUUGCCUCCAUUACCUCGCUUUGGUAUUUCCGAUCUGUGCGAGAUGGCAUAGGUGAGAAUUAUCAGCUUCCCAUCCAUAAGAAAUAUGGCCCGUUUGUCAGAAUUACCCCGAAUCAAGUUCAGAUCUCGGACCCCGCUGCUAUAGAAAUCAUCUAUGGUCCAAAAUACGAGUUCAUCAAGGGAGAUUUCUACGAGAAUUUCAAUCCUAAGAUCUCGAAGCGCCGUGAUCAUUUCACUGAACGAAAUGAGGUAGCACACACCAAGAGACGGAGGACCGUUGCACAUUUGUACACCCAGGCCGCCGUGUUGGAAUAUGAACCAUGUGUUGAUCGAUGUAUCGACCUGGUCUAUCAGCGUAUGGAUGAGUUUGCACAAAGUGGUGAGGUUGUGGAUAUGUCGGUCUGGUUGAGGAAGUAUACCUUUGAUAUCAUCGGCGAAAUCUUUUAUGGUCGAGAGGGCGGCUUCGGCUUUGUUCGAGACAAUAUCGACUACAACGGAUGGUGUCACCUCAUGGAAACAAUGCCCAAGCCGGUGGCUUCUCUGGUCAAUAUUCCAUACGGAUUUCAGAAUCUGUAUUUCUUGUCUCAAAUGCUAUAUCCACAGACGAGAGUCGGUGCCAAGGGCUUCUACACCGUCAUCGAUCAGGCACACGCCGCUGUCAAGCAGCGUCUAGAUGACGUGGCCGCAGGAAAACCUGUCAACCGCAACGACGUGCUCAGCAAACUACUCGACCUGGUUGAGGAAAAGGGUCAGGAGCAAGACUUUGGUAUCUUGGAUGUCACCACCGAGAUCUGGAACAUGAUCUGGGCCGGUUCCGACACGACAGCAGUGGCACUCACCUCCAUCUUCUACCAUCUGCACAAACACCCGCACACAUUGGCUAAACUUCGAGCCGAGAUCGAAGAUGCGUUUGCUCAGGGUAUACUCAAAUCUCCCAUCCGAUUCAAUGACGCAAUCAAGCUUCCCUACCUCCAUGCCGUGGUCCGCGAGGCAAUGCGCGUACACCCUUCCCUUGGCACUGGUCUUCCACGGAUAGUCCCAUACCCAGGCGUGGACAUCUGCGGGAAAUGGUUCCCCGGAGGAACUGAGGUGAUCAUGAACCAAAACGCCGUCCACUUCGAUCGCCAGGUGUUUGGCGAGGACAGUGAAGAAUUUAUCCCGGAACGUUGGCUUCGCGACGGCGAUCGGGCAGCAGCGUACAUGGAGCGUCACAUUUUGCAAUUUGGAUAUGGGAAACGCAUCUGCAUUGGAAAACACAUCACCAACACUGAGAUGUACAAGCUGCUCCCUACAAUCCUGAGAGACUUUGACUUUGAACUGGUUGGAAACAAGGAGUGGGAUGUAUAUCGAGGAUGGUUCCAUCACCAGAAAAAUGUCAAUGUCCGAGUCACGAGAAGAAAGCCAACAUCGGUGGUUUAGUUAUGAGGCAGUAUGACGGCAAUAGGAGUACAUAGUGGUCUUCGUAUAUAGGGGAGAUCUCGAUCAACGGGACAGGCUCUACGACUCUACUAAGUAAGUUACUCGAGAUUGGGCCCCCUCGAAGUCUUGCAUCGGGAGAUUCUCAGCAUCAACCAAGAUUUCUCCGAGCUUUCUCGAUCCUGUCAAAUCUACAGCAACAGAGCAUAGUUGAAUGAGAAGCAAAGUAGCCAAAGAUAGCCAAA